GUCACUAUCACACCUGUACCUUCUACAGGCUUGCCUUCUAAUCAAUACAUUGUCGAAAAUCAACUGCCUCUUUCUGAACAAACACACGAAGUGGUCAAAGUGAAAGAUAUCGUCCUUGUUUCGCAAUUGGCGAAUAGUGUCUUGGUGAAAGUUCAGGUCGAUAAAUAUGGAGUCGCUCAACAG